AUGUCGUGGGAGCUGGUCGAUGUGGUGCCCAGUGUCAUCAUGGGAUUCUGCUGUCUUGUGGGCAUCCCCGGGAACAUAGUGGUGAUGGUGGUGAUCUCUCAGAAGUACCAGCCGGGCAACUUCUCCCUUCAGCUGAUGAUGAGCCUGGCGGUGUCGGACCUGCUGUCCCUCCUCUUCCUCCCCGCACUGAUCUACAACCUGAUGGCCAGCUGGAACCUGGGUGACAUCGCCUGCCGGUUGAUCUUCUUCAUCGUCCAAUUGGGCGUGUACGCCAGCGUGUUCAAUGUGACCUUGCUCAGUGUCCAGCGUUACCUCCAGGUGCUGCACACCCAGUGCUGGACCAGGCUGCAGGCGUCCGGGCAGUGGGCUCUGCUCGGGGCAAUCUGGGCCUUGGCCGCAGGCGUAUCCUUACCAAUCCUCUCAGUCAGGAACCUGAGGGACUCAAGCUGCAUUAUCAGUUACAAGAACGAUGCCCAGGAGAUAGCGAUUUUAAUAACUCAGACCAUGUUUGGAUUUAUGCUUCCGUUCACAACGCUGGUGUGCUUUUAUUUCUAUCUCCAGAAGCGCGUGAGCCAAAUGUUGUUUCUCCGGACUCGGCGGACGACACGACUGGUGACCAACAUAGUCGUGUCGUUCAGCGUUUUCUGGGUCCCGCUACACUUGUUUCACCUGCUGGCGCUGACUGCGAGGGCAGUUCAGUCGGAUGAUCUGACGGAGAUAUCAGGUCCACCCAGCCGAACUGUCAUUUGGUUAAGUUUGCUGACGACACAGUUCUUCUAUCGCUGCUCUCUGAGUCUUCACGAGUUUGUGGAGUGGUGCGAUAACAACCACCUGGAACUUAACAUCCGCAAGACCAAGGAGCUGGUAGUCACCUUCUCGAACAAACAGAGGGCCCUAGCUGAGGCGGUUACUACUACCAUCCAUGGAGAACCUGUAGAGUCAGUGGACGAAUAUAAAAUAUCUGGGCACAACCUUUGA